AUGGAACGCCUUCAGGAUCCAUGUCCCUUGUUCGCCGAUGAGGUGAAAGGAGACGAGCUUUUUCUUUUCCCUUUCAGCAAGGACGCCGUACUGAAGGCAAGUCGCAGUGGUGGGUGCACAACUUGUGAGCAUACUGCCAAAAGAAAUCUGGACGCUCGAUUGGCCGUGGCCAUUCUCAGUCGUGGGCAACCUGACCUGACCUUGACGUGA